AUGAGUAAUGCAAUCUACCAAGGACUGCGGUCACCUAUCAGCAAGCUUGCAGGACUCAGGAAAGCAAAGCAAAUAUCUACAUCCAUAGUACACAAUGAAACUAUAUUAGUUAAAAACAAUAACGAGUUUGUCAACAAGGUCAUGAACAAUGACAAGCCAGUCAUAGUCAACUUCCACGCAGAUUGGUGCGAGCCCUGCAAGAUAUUGACGCCGAAACUCAAGGAGCUGAUAGAGCCGCUCACCAACCUGGACCUGGCCGUGGUCGAUGUGGAGGAUAAUGCAGAGCUCGUGCACGCGUUUGAGGUUAAAGCAGUGCCAGCAGUUAUAGCGAUAAAAAAUGGCCUCAUAGUAGAUAAAUUCAUAGGACUCGUCGACACUGACAUGAUCAAUAGUCUCAUAGAGCGGAUGUCCGGCAACAAGAAAGAUGGCGCG